UUCCCAGAUUCUCUUUCUGAGACAGAAAAACCCAGUCUUGCCCUGGUUGUCUAAGGAAGCAUAUCUGUUUCCUUUACAUACCAAGAUGUUGUCCUCUCAGGAGAGAGUACUGUUUUUCUGAAACGACUUUUAUUUUUAUUGGAGAUUCAGUGCCAUAGUUUUCCACUGUGUGGGAAGCUUACGACCACCAGGACCACAAGCUGGAACUGAAAAGUCAAGUUUCCUGAUUCAGGAGCAUUUAAAGAUCUUUAUUUUUUAUCUUCUCCUGUUUUUAUUGGAAAUCCUUCAGUGGAGGAAUGGUGAGAAAAUACCGGCUAUUUCCAGAAGCAUCCCUGGUCCAGCUGCCUCCAAAAGGUUUUUGUCAACAGUCCACAUUUGUGCAGUUACCAUGUCCUCCUCAUAGGGUAGCUCCAUCACGGCAUCAAGACCGCCAGUCCAGGGCCAAUUCAUCAGUCAUACCUUGUCAGAGAGCUUCAUCUGCACAGCUACCCUUCCCCAGUGGUCAUCCCCACCAUCCCCACCGUCCCUACCAGGAUGACCUUUUCCACUGUGACCAUCUUUACCAUCGAUCAACAGCAAUACCAUUAUCUUAUCUGAAGUAUAUGUCAUCUUCAAGCCCUAAACUACAUGGUAGUGCCCCUGUCUUCCCAGAUUUCAAGGCAAAGUCAGAGCCCCUUCGUGUAAAAUCAGAUUUUGAAACUCUACUAGACCCCAAUCAUCAGGUUGAGGAUUCAUCACACCCUUACCUGAGGGCACUGACUCCUUCAGUCAGUGAUCACUUUCCCAAGGUUUUAAAGAGCUAUGAUGAUUUGGAGGUAUCUUCAGCUGUAACUACCCCUUCCCAACUAUGCCCAUUAUCAUCUUCUUCAUCUCCAACUCCUCAAUUUCCACCAUCACUGCAGCCACCACCACUGCCACAAAAGCAAUCACCAGCACCUGCACCACCACCUCCACCUCUAUCACCACCACCACCACUACCAACAACACCCCUAUUUGGGCCCCAGCCUCAGCCUCAGACCAGAUUUCAGCCUCAGAUUCGACCUCUACAUCUUCAUUCACCUUUACCCCCACCUAAACCUCCAAUGCAACUUCCAUCUUUCAAUUUCCAGAGGACCAAGAAACAGGCUGUAGUUCCUUUCCAUGGAGCAUGUAGGGCUAAAACUGCCUGUGCAAGAACUUCAUUGCGGCCAGUAUGUCCCCAAAGUCCCUGGGCUUUUAAGAGGAAGGGAGCCUGGUUAGGAAACUAAAGCCCCAUAUCAUCAGGGUCAUCAAUUGAGGGUUGUUACUGCCAUGUUAGAAUGUUUACACCUAAACCAUAAAGCCAGGUUUAUGUCAUCUCCAUUUGAAUGCUGUUCCAGGGUCAUAGCCUUGAAAACCACCAACUUGCCCAAGAAUAAAGUAGCUAAGGCAUUGCAUCCUGACCCUCUCUGCUGGGGAUAGUUAAAAUGUUAUGAUUCUCUGAACGUUCUCCUGGACCUCAAAAUCUAACCCAAAUGACAAAGAUGCACAGAAGAACUCUCACUUCCUGUUUCAUCAAUUGCAUCUUCAAUACUUCCCAUUUACUAUACAGGGCCCCAAAUGCUUGGGCACCAUGUACAUUCAUGCAUGGACUCUGUUAUUCACAGGCACAGGUCAUCUCAUCUCCAAUUUACCACCAGGCUAGAGCAGUGGUUAUACCAUCACCAGAUUAGGAACCAUGGAAGCCUUAUCAUCCAGGCCUGGAACAUUGGGCUGAGGUCAACCUUAUAUUUUUGUUGCUGGCACAACAAAUAAUGGUUAAGGGUCCACAAGAGCCUAAUUACAAGACCAAGGAUAAAAAGUGAGCCACAGAAAUGACCUAUCAGGCUCUACCUGCAUUAGGCCUGACUGUUAAGCUGAAGUUUUCAUGGACUUCAACCACAAAGUCAUAAAUAUAUCAAUUGCCUUGGUCACCUGACUUGAAGUAAUCCUUUUUCCAAAAGCCCAAGCAUCAUGACACUAACCCUGAGUCUCUAGAGGGUCUUGAGGUAUAGGGCUUUGGUGUGUCUAGAUAGAAAUGGGGCAAAGGACUUAGAAUCUUGAUGUUACCUUAUCAGCACACACCUCAUUUGGACAUAGGGCAUAAGUUUGGGCAUGCUCUGGACACUUCAAUCCAGGCAAUUCUUUAUCUCUACUUCCUCAGUCUCCACCAUCACUGUAGCCUCUGCCAUUGCCACUGCAGGUUUCACCACCCUCUGCACUGUUGUCUGGGUUGUAUCCUUGGCCCUUGAUUAGACUUCAUCCUCAGCCUUCUCCUUUACAUCUUCAUUCAACUUUGCCUCAAUCUAAACCUCCAAAAGAACUUUCAUCUUUUAAUGCUUCAUGAUCCAAGAAACAGGCUGAGGUUUCUCAUCAUGGAGAAUGUAGGUCUAAAAUUAUAUUUGCAAUAACAACAAUUUUGCCCAAUA